GCGCGCUUGAGUUUUGUCACAUCCUUUUCCCCCUUGAACUUUUCCGAAUUCAACGAAAAUAAAAAUGGCUGCCCGCCCCGUUGUUUCUGUGUUUGGCCUGAACGGCUCCAAGCUCGACGCUACCGUCCCCCUCCCCGCGGUCUUCAAGGCCCCGAUCCGCCCGGAUCUUGUCCAGUUUGUUCACAAGAACAUGGCCAAGAACCACCGUCAGCCGUACGCUGCCAAGCAGCAGGCUGGUGAGGAGACCUCGGCCGAGUCGUGGGGUACCGGUCGCGCUGUUGCGCGUAUUCCCCGUGUCUCGGGUGGUGGUACGCACCGCGCUGGACAGGCCGCGUUCGGUAACAUGACUCGUGGUGGUCGCAUGUUCGCCCCCAACAAGGUCUGGCGCAAGUGGCACGUCCGCACCAACGUGAACCAGAAGCGUUACGCUACUGUGUCCGCUGUUGCUGCCUCGGGCGUCACCGCCCUCGUUGUCGGCCGCGGUCACCGCGUGCAGGCCAUCGAGGAGGUUCCUCUUGUCGUCUCGGCCGAGGUCGAGUCGAUCAAGAAGACCAAGGAGGCUACUGACGUGCUCAAGGCCCUCAAGGCCUACGCCGACGUCGCCAAGGUCAGCAACACCCGCUCGGUCCGUGCCGGCCGUGGCAAGCUGCGCAACCGCCGCCACCGCCAGCGCCGCGGUCCCCUGGUCGUCUACGCCGAGGACAACGGUAUCACCCACGCCUUCCGCAACCUGCCUGGUGUUGAGCUGAUUGACGUCACCCGCCUCAACCUGCUCCAGCUGGCCCCUGGAGGUCACCUUGGCCGCUUCGUGAUCUGGACCCAGCCCGCCUUCGAGGCUCUGGACAAGGUCUUCGGUACCGAGACUGAGGUCUCCGAGCAGAAGAAGGGCUACACCCUUCCCACCGCCGUCAUCUCCAACCCGGAUGUCGCUGGCCUCAUCGCCUCCGACGAGAUCCAGGCUGUUGUCCGCCCGGCCCAGUCGCGCUUCACCAAGCGCCCGUACACUCAGAAGAAGAACCCUCUGCGCAACUCGCAGGUUCUGGUCCGUCUGAACCCGUACGCCCAGGUUCUGCGCCGUGCCGAGAUCCUCGGCAAGAACAAGAAGACCACCAAGGUUGCCUACAAGAAGUCCGCUUCCAAGAAGUUCCUGGACAUCCUCAAGGCCGACUAAGUGCGCCCCCCCUUCUUGUGCGCUGCUGACUUGUCUGGCUGUUUCGUAGUUUUCUCUCUUGCAAAGAAGGAUCAACCAAAUAAACAGCCUUUCUUGGGUCAGUCGUUUUUUUUUUUUGCAAUUCCUCGUUUCAUUUAACGGCGUGCAAAACCUGGGCAUUGGUCGGCACUUGUCCCCUUCUGCGCCAUGCGUCUGCGGAAAACAAGCCCCAUCCAGAGGCACGGCAUCCUCCAAACGCCCGAGGAAACCUAUCCCUCUGACACCGCCAUAACCAAUUCGCUGUCUGCUACCCAAGCGUAC